UCCUCCAAUGUCGACGUCCAAAGGGCACAAGCGUUCCCACUCUGUUGCAACCGCACCGACUGACUUUGGCGAGGUCGUCGAUGCGAGCGAGCAGAAGGACGCCAACAAGCGUGUCCUGAUCGAAGGCAUUGACGGAUCGUCCGUCGCCGUCGCCGCUACUACUGGCAAGACCAACGCUGAUGAUAACGACGACGACGACGACGAUGCCAACGCCGACGAUGGUGCUGGUGCCGGUGCUGGUGCUGGUGCUGCUGGUGGCAAGUCGGGCAAGCAGCUGCGCCAAGAGCGUCGCAACCAGCGCCGACUCACUGCAAAGGCCGUCCAAGCCGACGACGUGGUUGUUAGCACCAUCAACCCACUCACGGGAACACCAGUCAAGCCAAUCACGUACAAUCCACUGCUAUUGCUGUCGUCGCCGUCCGCGCUCAUGGACCCGCAGUCCACGUACACGGCCGUUCAUGGCGCCAAUGCCAAGCCCGAGCUCGAGUUGCGUCUGGAGCAGUUUUUCAAGCAAAGCGGCAGCUCCCACCUCCGCCUCAAGGAUUUGCAGGAUCUCAUUCUUUGGGUGGUUGGCGAUGGCAUCAAUCUGCGAUGGGUGAUUGUGAAGAACAAGCCACUGAUCCCGCGUGUUGUCACCGUGCUGCUGCACAACAUCAACCCGCAAAUGUAUGCCUACUACAGCGACUGCUUCCCCUUCCUCUCGAGCAAAUUCCAAACCGCCAUCCCAACCCGGUGUCCCGGUUCCAAGGUGCGCAUCUACUCGCCCGUGCACAACUUUUUGAAUAUUCCGCUCCUGAAGAGCAAAAAGAAGGACGAUUCCAACAAGGCAUCUUCUGCAGCGACCAACAUGGAGUCUGUCUAUCCGAAGAGCCAUUAUUUCUUGACCACUGAGCAGAUGCGCAACCACGGCUAUCCCAUGCCGAUCGAUGUGCGCACGCCAGAGGAGGCAGGCCAAUUCUCAGAGUACAAGACUCUCGGCAAGCGCGAUCCCAACCAAACUGCAUCGGCCGAGCUUCCUGUGUUCUCGCUCGAUUGCGAGAUGGUCAAGUCAGAACAAGGCUUUGAGCUGGCCCGCCUCGCCAUCGUGUCUGAAAAGCUGGAGGUCUUGUACGACGAGCUCAUCAAGCCCGCCCGACCGAUUGUCGAUUACUGCACGCGCUACUCGGGCAUCACGCCCGACAUGCUUGAAAACGUGACCAGCACGCUGAAGGACGCGCAGGAUGCCGUUCUGCGUCUCAUUCCAUCCAAUGCCAUUUUGGUCGGGCAUUCUCUCGAGAACGACUUGAACGUGCUGAAGAUCAUCCACCACCAAAUCGUUGACACGGCGCUUGCGUACUCGCACACCCGCGGCUCCAACUUUAAGCCGUCGCUGCGAUGGCUGACCGAGACCUACCUCAAGCGCAUCAUUCAAGCCGACGAGGGAGGCCACAACCCCGCGGAAGAUGCCUCUGCAUGCAUGGAACUCUUGCGUCUCAAGCUGAAGAAUGGCCCAUCCUUCGGUAUCAACGAGGAGGAGACGGAAAGCAUGGCUUUGCGACUGACGCGUUCGGGCAAAAAGUCGACCAUCAUUGACAUCCCAACCAUUGCCCGCCAGCAUUCUAUCGGCGACACGAACAUUGUCCCUUGCCCUUCCGACGAUGAGAUUCUGGCUGCUGCCAUCAAGGCGGUGGAUGGCCCCAGCUCGUUCGUUUGGAGCCACUUCCACGGCCUUGAGGACUUUUUCUCGGAGGCAGCUAACCAGACCGAUCUUGAUGAGCAGCGCCUGAAGGCGAUUCUCACGUCGUACGAUCAGCGCGCGAAGCUGAUUUACGAGGCCUGCCCUGCCAACACACUGGUUGUGUACUUUACCGGCCAUGGACCAAUCGACGAGCUGAAGCGUCUUCAACGUCAGAAGGAUGCUGCCGGUGCUCAAUGGACUGCAACCCAGGAGCAUGAGCUAGAGGAGGAGGUCAUGAAGGCACGCGACUCGCUCACAUUCAUGGGCAUCAAGCAAUAAGAGAGAUGUGAAACAGAAAUUUGUUGUUUGGAAUACAAAAUCAUCUUGAAACAAUC